UCCCUCCAAUCCUUCCUCCAUGGCGCAAGCACAAGAUGGCUUCUUAUCUUUUCUCCCUCUUGUUUUUCCGGCCUUUUCUCUAGAUUUUUUGCUGCUCUUUUUUUCUUCCUUCAACGACUGGUUGGCUGGAUCAACUUCCCUCUUAUGUUUUUCUUUCUGGAAACCACGGAAAGAACGGAAGUCGCGCAAUGGACGGGGGUGAUGGUCCCAGCUACGAGCAGGAUAUUGGAAGAGCUGUUGCCGGUGUGGAUAUCCGUAGGCAGCAGAGGCGACGAGGGCCAAGUGAAGAGGAAGAAGAAGUCUCAGCCAUUGGACAGCAACAACGUCACUUGCUGACAGAGUAGAAAAUGUGCCUAGGUAACUUUAGAAUUUUACAUGUAUUGGGUGAUUCGAUUUUCCCCUGGAUAGAUUCUGUAUAUUUG